AUGGGCGCGACGGUAGCCAAGAUUAUGACCAGAGGGCCACUUCCCCCUAAGGGGAGCUCCGAAGCGAAAGGACCGUGUUCCCUCGAGGCAUGGGCGGCUCAAGUCGUGUCCACAACGGGAGACUUCGAACUGGACAAUCAGAUCAGAGAGAGGAAGCUGGCCUCUGCAUUGGGGUACUCGACGUCGAAGAAGCUUUGGUGUCCCUCCGUGGCGGAGGAUCUGGAAAACGCAGUCUUCCUCUUGGGUGACAAGUGUCGCGGUGGUCCCAGGCUCGAAAACAUCCUCCACUCAGCCCUGUGGCCCCUCAGGAUGUUCCUCAGGGUCAUCGGCAUCAUACCAUACGUCUACAACGAGGAGAAGAUCGAGUACACGGUCAAAUGGUGGAGUCCCAGUGGCAUCCACACCCUGGCCAAUGCUCUCUACAUGACCACCCUGCUGAUAACCACUACGGUAGGGGUCAUCAAGAUGGCCACGACGCAGGAGCUGCGCGGGCAGAGCGGCAGUGACGACGACAACGAGGACAAAAACCACCAGGCCAUCAAACUGACGGGGGUCAUCUUGCUGUCCGAGUGCCUCGUCAACGCCUGGGCGCAGACCCUCAACGUGAUCUACGCCGGGAAGAGGAUGUGCAAGCUCCUGAACAGGUGGAACGGCCUCUCGGUGGCUGCCGAACUGGACCCCGUCAAGGGCCUUCGCAGGAGGGUCGUCUGGCAGAUCUUCUUCGUGGCCGUCUUCGCCUCUACCAUCUUCGUCAUGACUCUGGUGGGUCACCCGAAGAUCGUACCCCUGGUUCUGGACGGCGUGGCCGAGGGCAUGCUCGUGGUGCCCAAGGAUUGGCUCGCUGCCUCGCCGUUCUUGUUGAAAUUCAUCCGCGUCAUGACGUGUCUGGUGUGCCUGCACAUAUUCGCCAUCUUCAAAGGGUCGCUCUUCUCCUUCACCACCAAUUGCCACAUGCUGAAGAAUGGAUUCAAUUCCUGGAACGCCCAGCUCACCAAGGCGAUUGAAGAUAUAUGGCGCCGUAGAGGUAGGCCUAGGGGUCGGCUUGGGGUGUUGGUUCAGAGCCAUUACCACUUGGUCAGAAUGGUCAGGGAGACGGAGAUCAUCUUCAGUCCGAUGCUGCAGUGCUAUUACGCUUCUUCGAUUGUCAUCCUUUGCACUGAGCUGUACUUGCUGGCUUAUAGGAUCGGCACUCAGGAAUACGCAGCUGAUGGCGUCAUCACCACCGCUUUGAUGACUCUGCAGACGACGGUGGUGUUCGUACAGGUGUCUCUGGCAGCGGCAGCUGUGCAGGAAGCGGCAGAGGACAGCCUAGAUAUCCUGCGGAGGGGAAUCCCCUUCGAUGCCUCUGAAAGAGAUAAAUUCAAUAAAGAAGAACUGACUACAGCACUUACAGGAGCAACAAUAAACAUAAGUGGAGGCAAAUACUUUACAAUAAACAGGCCUUUCAUUAUCACGGUAUUGAGCGCUGUCAUCACUUACUUCAUUGUAAUGAUCCAGUUUAUGCAACCAGGAUCCAAGUCCGAGACUCAGCAGUCACUUAACAAUACACUUGAAACCAAUGUAACUUCAGCAUGAAAUGAUUCCUAGCACAUCUGGUAUCAUUUUGGUCUUGUUUUGUUAUAUGUAUGAGCUUCUUAUAAACUAAACUUCACAUUUUUAGCAGUUUACAUAAUUAAAAGUAUUUCACUGAUUGCACACUAGUUCUUCAAAUCAUCUGAAAUACAUGGCCCACCAUACAGAGGACAUUACAGGCUUAGACCCGUAAGAGGUUACUGCUCACUAGCCGUAAUUCACCUCAUGAACUGGAGGCUGUAUGCAAGACUUAUUGCACCAUCCCAGCUACACAGCAUAGCUUCAGUGUUCAUUAUGUUCCUUUGGUUUCUUCCUGUCAAAAUCUACAGCUUCUUUAAAAUGUUAGUUUUCAAUUUUCCCUUCUCAAUCCAUCUGGAUCCUCAAUAUGAGUGUAAUUAACUCAGUGCUCAGGUUAUCCAAGUACUUUUGAAUAAUGAGACAGGUUUUGGUAAUCAUAAUGAAAUAUCCCAACUGGUUAAGGAAUACCUUUACUUCAGUAGUCCCACUUUUACUUCAACCAUUUGCUAUGAGAACUGGAUUGGAAGAAAAUGAAAAACUUGACAUCUCCUCGUGUACCCUAAAAAUAUUACUUUACAGAACCAGAAUACAUCAUAAAACAUGUAUAAAAAUCUUACAAAAAUGCCUUUACCUCCAUUGCAAAGAUACUAUGCACAGUAAGUAGCUUCACUGAAAACCCAUGACCAUAUAUAGAAACUACAGGUGAAAUUAAUUUCUACAAACUUUCAAAUGACUUACCUGAUGAACUCAAAAUAAAUAAAAAACUAACAUAUAAAUAUAACACACUCAAUAGUGUCUUAUAGUUUGACAGUCAUUCAAAAAUUUUAUCAAAUCAUAAAAAAACGAUGACAAUGUCCAAGAAACCUACAUGAAUUAAUACUUUGAAAAUAUGAGAAUGGUAUGAAAGAUGACAGACAAGCCCACAGGGCUAUGACAUACAUCAAAAACUUUAUUACAUACUUCAUGUACAGAUUUCAUCUACUGUCUUGUGUUUGUUUGUUUGUAUGGUGAUUUUACAUUGCAUGGAACCAGUGGUUAUUCAGCAACGGGACCAACGGCUUUACGUGACUUCCGAACCAUGUCGAGAGUGAACUUCUAUCACCAGAAACUACUGUCCUGUGUGGUACACUAUUGAUAGUAAUAUACAGGCUUUUUGCAGUGUCCUUUCAACCCACAACUGCACUGCUUUCUGCCCUCUACCUCCCUCCUGGCUUUCCAGCUUCUUCAACUCCACCCAGCUCUAAAUUUCACCUUCCAGUGAAGAACCAGUCCUUUUGGACGAGUCCUUCGAGUCUUGAAAUGAAAUCAUGAGGUCUAGGCAUUAACAAGUGUGUAAAUAGAACAAAACACUAAUUUACUUUCCAGAUUUCUUUUACCAACAACAUUAUGGUGCUUUUUUCUAGACUACUUUUUUAAAUUAUGCAUUUUGUGAUACAUCUCUUGAAUUCAAUAAUAAGAGCAAAUAGCAGUUUAGUUUGGGCUGGAAAUUAAUGGCCAAGCACUGGAACCUAUGAGGUUAUUCAGCACUGAAAAGGAAAUUGACAGUAAAAGGUUUGAAAGGUGUAAGUGGGAAAACCUCGCAGUUGCUCUAUGAAUCAAUGUUGGGAGAGAGUGGAAAGUAAGAUGAAAUAAGAGAAUAUGAAAGGCAGUACAGUAAAAGGAACAAAAGGAUAACUUGAGUGUUCAAGUGUAGGCCAUACUAUGGGACCUUGUUAUUCAUUAGAUUUCAUACUUAGAAGGUCAGACACCGAGGUAUCUGGAAAGUUGAAAGGCUAUUAUAUUAUGUAGUAAAAGCUAUAUCCUGUGGUUACAGUUUUG